CCGACCAUCUAUACUGCAUUUUUAGCCCUGCAGCUGGAUCCCUGGGAACCCAAGUCAAUUGACCUGGGCUCUUAGACUUAGUUCCACGGAUUUUUUUUUUUUAUUGCAGUGUAGCUGUACUUUGAGUCUGAGUUAUUUUUGUACAUUUUCAAAUUCUGUGUCUGCUAAGGCUAUGUACCAGGUCAGACCAGUAUGUUUGCUUUUCCCCAGGGGAUGAAACUGCAAAAGACUAGUUACCACCCAUUGUUUCAGUAUUACAUAUUUGCAUUAAUUAAUGCCCAUUAUCUUUAGUUCCUGCAGGAAAAAUUCGUUAUCAUACCCAUUUAGCCAGGAAUACAAUUGCUAACAAGCCCAUAAAUACACAUAUACUAUUAUACUGACUUUAUAACUGUUAUAUCUGUAUUCUAUAGCACUUGUCACUCUCAGUGUAAUAGGCUUUGAAUAUGAUGUGAUUCCAAAGCAGCUAUCACAACAACAUUCCUGUAACGUUUUAUCCUUUAACUACUCUGCACUUUCAACCUUAACUCCAUUUUAAUGUAGGUUUUUUUCCUCUUGGAAAUUAAACAGCUUUAUGGCUGACUUCAUUUUUUUUUCAUAAUUAUUUUUUUUUGUUAAAAGAGAAAAUCCACAAGAUUAUAUUGUCUUGACUGAUAGAGGAUUAUUGCUACAGUUUAAGAAACAUUAUUGCUAAUAAGAUCUCUUCUAUUUUCAGGUGUCUGGGUUUAGAGCUGUAACAUGGCUGUCACGAUAAAAGAAUGUCUUGAACUUCAGCUGUUGGAAAUGGAAAUGCUCUUUUCAAUGUUUCCUAAUAAAGGAGAAAUAAGCCUUCAGGACAAAAAUGCUCUUACUUAUGUGCAGAUGUAUUUGAAAAAUAUAAAAGAAGGACUACCACCUCGGAUUGAAUAUUCAAUUUCUGUUGAUACUGAUGAACCAAAGGUAAAAGUAGACUUGCAUGUAUCCUUGCCUCACAGCUACCCUCAUUCAGCACCGCAACUAUUUGCAAGAUCAAAUGCACUAAAUAGACAGAAUCAACUGCAGCUCAAUAAACAUCUCACUUCUCACAUCAGUUCUUUGGAUUCAGGUGAACUGUGUGUAUGUGCGGCUGUGCAGUGGGUAUGAGACAACAGUGCAUCUUAUUUCCAAAACAGUGAUGUCUCUUCUGAAACUGCUCCAAAAGAAAAGGCAGUAAAAAUAAUUUUUCAUCGAAUGUGGAUCUAUAGCUAUCAUUAUAUAUAUAGACAGGAACUGAAAAAGAAAAUCUUUGAUUGCGCAAAGCAAUUAAAUUUGACUGGUUUCUGCCUAACAGGGAAACCUGGUAUCAUCUGUGUGGAGGGGCUCAAAGAAAACAGUGAGGAGUUCUGGCAUGUUAUUAGAUAUCCUAACUGGAAACACAUUUCCUGCAAACAUGUUGAGAGUAUGGAAACUGAAGGAAAUGGGGAUAAGCUUCAUCUCUUUCAUACUUUUGAAGAUUUACAGUUCCAGGCACAUAGUGAUUAUGGACUGAGGAAUGACUAUCACAUGGAUCUUGGCCAAUUCUUAGAAUUCCUUAAACAGCAUCAAAGUGAACAUAUUUUUCAAUUAUUAUUUGGUGUUGAAGGCAAACAGUCAGACAAUUAACAAUCAAUUGUAUAGAUAGAUUUAAUUUUGCACAUUACAAAUGAUUUUUUUUAAGCUCAUUCACGGAUAUACUAUAAUUAAAAACUGAGUGAAAUUGGUAUACUGUGCUUAUAGCUAUUAUAAGAAUGGAAACUAUGUAAAGUAAAAUCAUGGUGCAAGGAUAGACCCUUUGCUUUUUGUUUUAAUACAUCAUACGUAAGACCCUUUGUGUUCAGUUUAACCAAUUUUUAACUGAAAAAAAUCAUGGGUGUUCAAAAGUAUUAGUUUUUUUCUGAUUUGACCCUACUUUUGUAUCAUUCAAAUAUAUAUAAAAAUAACUUGUUGUAUUAGGAAAAUAAAAUGCAUUGCAUGAGAUGUAUGUAUUACAAUAAUACAUUAGUCUGUGUGUAUAUGCAAAGUUGCCUCUUGAAGUAAGGCAAUGUAUUAGUGUAGAAGAUAUACACACAACAAACAAAUAGGCAUGCAUGGAAGCUCUGAAGUGUCUGCAGAUCUGACUGUACUGAUGAAUCUUAUGCUCAGCACGUGCACAUUUCAAGCUGUUAGCAGAUAAUGAUGGAAAGAUUUUACACACUAAAAUUGGAAGAAAACUAAAAUAUGUUUCAGAACACAAGGAAGUAUUCAAAAGUUUAAAAAAACCCAAACAGCAGAAAAGGGUGAAGUUGAGUGUAUGCGCUGCAGAUGGUAUGGCCCAAUUAUUAAAUGUAAAUAGUUAUAGGCUAAUAGUUCUAAAUCUACAACAGUAAAUUUAUUUUAUAUGUUUAUUCAAAUGAAAUAUUUUAUUCGGAGCUUAGAGCUAUAUUGUUAAACUCAGAAGUGGCAUUGUGUUUUGAGUGCUGUUUUAGUUCUCCAGCAAACCACAUUGAAUUCCGUUCAUCAAAGCAUUAAUUUACUGUAUGCUUUUCCCCCUGUCCUUCCAUCCACUGAAAUAAAUCCUGCUAUUACCCCUAAAACAUGAAUAAUAGUUUUUUUGCAAUGAUUUUCAUAUGCUUUUGGUAGUUGGAGUAAUAAACACAGAAAUUCCUGGGAAAAAUUAAAUAAAAUAAAACCCCAAAAUGAAGGGCCUUAAUCAUAAGCUUUUGAGGUUUAAAUAUUUACUUGUGUAAAUGACUGCUAAAUCUACAUCUGAUACCAUACAAUCAGCAUUUAUCACCUCUUGGUCCAUGAGGCAGCCUGCAGGGCAGUGGUUGCGAAUUGCACAAUCUCAUACUAUAGUACUCAGAAUUAUGUAGUCUGUCUGGUGCUUCCCCCACAUAACACUUGGUAGUUUCUUCAGGUCUAGGCCUGUAGUAACUUUUUUGUAUGGGCUUGGGUGGGGAAGAGGAGGGUUGAAGGGGGCUGCACACACCAAUUUUUUUGCAUUAACAACAAAAAUAGACUGCUCCAUGCUUUAGUCUGUGCAGCAUCCUGACCUGCUCUGUAAAGCCUCUAUUAAAACCAUUUUUAAAGUGCAUAAGAAAGGAGCCAACUAACAUUUUAUUUCUUACUAAAAACAAAAUUUUGAAAAAAAUACCACCCAUUUAUUCCUUUAUGGCCUAGCCUUUGCUCAAAAAACAUGUAAUUUUAUUGUGUUAUCAAUUUGUCCAUCUUUUCCUUUCCAUCUCCUGUCUUGUUACUCCCCAGUUACAUUAGCUGUUCUGGCCAAGGAUUGUGAGAUUCAAAAACAAGUCGGAGAACACGUCAGUCUCUUUGGUCACUCGAUUACAGACCUAAAAGUGGCUAUUCUUCAACCAAAAAACUUCAAACACAGACUCCAAUGAGAGACUGGUGAAUUGGAAUUAAUUUUGCAAACAGGAUACAAUUAAU